GCAGCCGCUCCCCGCCGGGCUCCGAGCAUGAAGACCGAGGAGGCUCCCUCCUGCCUGCAGCAGGCCACCCCGGUACUGGGCUUUGCGAGUGCAGAGAUGUGAGUGUGGAGUGCUGCCACAUCCAGACACUAACACUACAUGAGGUGCAGGGGGCAGGGAGCUGGGCCCUCACAGUCUCCUGCCUCGCACAUCAGCAGCAGCAGCCUGGGCAGGGCUUGUCUUUAGUAACCUGCUGCAGAUAAUCAAGCUGUGAGGGUCGGACUCCAAAAUGCGGGAGGUUUGUGCCGGCUGUGACACGCCCAUCUCCGACCGCUUCCUCCUGCGAGUCAACGAGCGCUCGUGGCAUGAGGGCUGUGUGAAGUGCACGGCCUGUCUGCAGCCACUUUCAGGCACCUGCUACUGCCGCAACCGGCAGCUGUACUGCAAGCAUGACUACGAGAAGCUGUUCCAGACGAAGUGCAGCAGCUGCCUGAAGGCGAUUGCCCCAUCUGAGUUCAUCAUGCGGGUGCUGGAAAAUGUCUACCAUGUCCAUUGCUUCUACUGCUGCGAGUGCGAGCGGCGUCUGCAGCGUGGGGACGAGUUCGUGCUCAAGGAGGGGCAGCUGCUAUGCCGCAGUGACUAUGAGAAGGAGAAGGAGAUGCUGAGCGCCAUCAGCCCUGCACCCACUGAGUCUGUGAAAAGCGAGGAUGAGGAUGGCAGCCACCCGCAUGGCAAAGGCGGCGAUGAAGGCAAGGACCACAAGCGCUCCAAGCGCCCACGCACCAUCCUCACCACCCAGCAGCGACGAGCGUUUAAAGCCUCCUUUGAGGUCUCCUCUAAGCCCUGCAGAAAGGUGAGAGAGACCCUCGCGGCUGAGACCGGCCUGACCGUCCGAGUAGUGCAAGUCUGGUUUCAGAAUCAGAGAGCCAAGAUGAAGAAGAUUGCACGCAGGCAGCAGCAACAGCAGCAGCAGCAGCAGGAGCAGGACCAGCUGGGCAAUCCGCGCUUGGGGACAGGCCGUGGCACAGGCCGCAGCAGCCGGCAGAGCAACGAUGACAGCGAAGAUGGCGCAAGUGUUCACGGACUAGAUGGGCUCAUGGUCCCCUAUCCCCGGAUCCCCCAGCAGCAGCUGCUGCCCCUGGAUCAGAACAGCUACAGCACAGACUUAUACAGACAAGGGCUCACGCCGCCCCAGCUGCCAGGAGACCAUCUACAUCCCUAUGAUUCAGAAGGCGUUUUCCAUGACAUGGACAGUGACAGCAUCGGCCACUUGGGCGACUGCCUGCUGUCGACGGCCGAGGCCAGCCUCCUCCAGGCGCGCGUGGGGAACCCCAUUGACCGGCUCUACUCCAUGCAGAGCUCCUACUUCACCUCCUGACCGCGGAGCAGCUCCUGGCGCCCGUGUGCGUCUCGGACCAAGGCUGCUCUGAUUUCAGGUGGCGGGGUGGGGGUGGGGGCAGGAAAGACAAAGCAGAGCCCUGCAGAGGAGCUCCCUGAACCCUGCACAGUGCAAGGAGGCGACUGGGUUUCCAAGCAUGUGAGCACUAAUUCAGGGGCAUCUGCAGCAGCCUGGAGGACUUCUCUGCAUCGCCUCUCUCCUCCCUUUCUCUCGUCCCACAUAGAUGGAUGGUACAAUGUUGUUUAGCUGUAACCGUAGCAGUUGUCAAGUGUUUAAGCGUCUGAGCAUCACAUCCUUCAAAGACUGGCCUGGUUGCCCAGAUGUGUCCUUGGAAGCAGCCAUCUCCUCUGUCCUGCCACCCCUGUUUGUUCAAACCCCAGCACUGAUAGACCUUGGCAGCACCCUUGUGGCCUGGUGCCUGGGAUUCCAUUCAGGCAGACCAAAGACUUGGGAUGACUGACUUACACCACUGUCAUUUUGGAGGCUGCCUUCAUGGGCCCGUGUCAGUUGGCACAGGAGGCAUUUCAGUGACUGGGAGGAAUGCGGGACAGGCCAGUAUGAAAAGAAAGCUCUGUGCUUAGGGGUCCAUCCACCUCUGUGAACAAGGGUAGACUCAUCUCCUGGUACUACGCAAUGAUGCUGGGGCUGCCAUGCCUGAAAGGAGCAUUUCUGUGGUCCAUCUGCCUGGAGGCCCUGUCUUUGCCACAGGCUUCACCCCGUCCCUUUCUAGGUGGUGAAAA